AGUCAAUAUACUACCAGAUACUACCGAGAGCAGAAUCUCUCUAGACUUCUCGUGUGUAAUAUCGCUUAACACAGAUCAUACAAAAUGGGGUUAGACUUUGGAAAUCUCGCAAGAAUAAGUGGCAUUACAUUCUUUCGCCUUAGUCCACAUGAACAAAGAGCUUUUGCUGGAAUGAAUGAUCUUGGUGUUGGAUUGAUGAAAGGUUUCAGAAAAAAUUUUCUACGCAUUGCACCCAUGUUUAUGAUAUCUUUUAUCAUAAUGAAUUGGGCACAUGAAGAAAAUAGAAAAUUAUACCGUAAGAAUCCAAAGGACUAUGAAAAUGACGUUUAGUGCAUUAUGAUUAGCAUAAAUAUACAAUCUGCUAUAGUUGAUUUAUAUAGUAUUUACUAUUAAAACGAAAUUCUGUAAGCAUUUAAUGAAGUGUCUUUAAAUAAAAUUAAAUCCACAGAAAA